AUGGAUGAUCAAGAAAAUAGAUUAUUUCGCUUACCGUAUGGUUCAUUGUCAUUGGGUUCGUUCAAGACGUGGUUUGUAUACAUCGCAGGUGCCUUGUUUGGUAUCGGGGUAUGUUUACUUUUGGACAUUGCAUUAUUUUCCAAGUUAAAUAACGGGUCAGAUGUUCAGGUUACAUUUGUGGAUUGGAUCUCCUUCAUAUGUAGUAUAUUGGGGAUGAUCGUUAUUAAUUCUAUUGAAAGGCGACAAAUUACAAUGGAACGGAUGGGGGUUGAAAAUAAAGGUCUUUCCAGUUUCAUUUUAUUUAUUGGAUGUGCAUUAACUGCAGGUGGCUUUGCGGGUUCCAUUGUCAUUUUGAUUGUUAAAUACGUUAUGGAAGAUUAUACUGAGUAUCCAGCGUUGGGAAUGGGUGUGAAUAAUGUAUUGGGAAAUUUUUGUAUAUUUUUAAGUUGUAUUAUCACAUGGUCUAUUCAAAAUAUGGGUGAAGAAGAGUCAUCAAACUUCCUUGCAAUAUGA